AGAAAAAAAAACCAAGCGAUUUGGUCGACGAUCAGAUGCAACCAGGCAGAACAGGAUAUAAAUGUUAUGUUUGCGGUGGGCUGACUCAGUGAAUCGUCUCUUCAGUGCACUGACUUGGUGAUCGUUCGCUGACUUCCAGUAGCCAUGGCAUAUCUAGAACAAAGAGGACCAGGAUUCUAUGAAUCAAGUCAUGUAUCUGUUCCUUAUUCUGUUCAAUUGCCUGGCCUUCAACCAGGAUCAGAAAUUGUCGUUGAAGGCAAAACUAAUGAUCACUGUAAAGGCUUCAGUGUGAACUUCUGUGCUGGUCCCAACAUGGACAGUGAUGUGGUCUUCCACUAUAACCCACGUCUGGAGCAAGGAAGAGUGGUCAGCAACGAUAAACAAAGAGGUAACUGGGGACCUGAAGAGAUCGACGCCCAUGUUCCAUUUCAGCGUGACCAAAAUUUUGAGAUUCGCUUCAAAAUUUCUCAGCAUGGAUAUGAGGUGAUUGUACACAAUUCUCCUGUGCACAACUUUAAACAUAGACUAGCCAUCGAGAGAGUCAGUCAUCUUUUCAUCACUGGGGAUAUCUCAGUCAAGAAAGUGCAACUGACAACUGGACAGUCGUUUGGUUAUAGUCAGUAUAACCCUUACCAACCCCAGCCAGGCGUGUAUGGUGGACAACCACAAGGUGCGCCUUAUGGAAGUCAACCUCAAGCAGCGGCCUACGGAAGUCAACCACAACCUUAUGGAUACAGUCAACCACCUCAAGGCGGAUACGGAGGUCAACCCCAACCACAGCCUUAUGGCUACGGUGCUCCUCCUCAAAGUGGUGGCUAUGGCUAUAAUCCUGCUGGACAGUCAGGUGGACCAAUUGUCAACCCUCCUGUUCCUUUUACCGGAGCUAUACCUGGUGGAAUGUACCCAGGCAAAAUGAUCUUCGUCAGUGGAGUUGUUAAUCCCAAUGCACAAAGGUUCUCCAUCAACUUGGUGACUGGUAACACAGAGAACCACGACUUUGGGCUCCACAUGGACGUACGUAUUGCAUUUGGGUCUGAGAGAAAUGUCAUUGUAAGGACAAACAAGAAGGGCGGCGCUUGGGGACCAGAAGAGAGACAGGCGCCUUUUUUCCCAUUCGCGCCCAACGGCAAUUUCGAUGUGACCAUACUAGCAGAGCAAAACAGCAUUAAGGUGGCAGCAAACAACCAACACCUGUUUGAAUUCCACCUCAGGUCGCCAUUACAGGAAAUCAAUCAUGUCCUAGUGAUGGGUGACGUCAGACUUACACAAGUCAGAUUUCAAUAAGUCAUCUAGCAACGACUGGCCUAUUAUGACUUCCUAAAAGGUCAUCAUAGAAUAAGAUCGUAAAGCGAUCUUUUAUCAAUGUAUUGCUUAUUAUUGGAUAUCUAGAUACUGCUUUUCGAAUAUUUUUUAGUCUGUAACUAUGCCUUACUAUUUAUGAAUUAAACAGUUGUAUUAAUACCUUUUUAGUAUAUGUGCAUUAAAUGUAUCACUUUUUGUGUAUUCCACAAUUUUGUACUUGGUUCACAUUUUGUUUCUUUAUCACCUUUCCUUUUGUUUUCUGGACAAUUGGGGUCACCACAUGUGAUCGUCGACUGAAUCAAUGUCUUCCUCUGUAUCUUUUGCCAGCAUUAGAGACACUCUCGUCCAUUGCUUACUACUGUCUAUCUUGGAUGAUGCUUGUUUAGUGUAGAGGUAAAAGAAAAUGUCAAGUACAAAGUGGAAUGUAGUCAGUGUAGGAACUCCUAAGAGUUCUAUUCAUGCAUGAUUUGAAAUAGUGUGCUAAAACAAUCACACAAGCUUUCCCGUAGCCUUUCUAGAAUGAGAAUCCAAAUUUCUGGGAAUAAAAUCAUGACGUCCUCAUAAUAA